UCCGUCAGGAAGCCUACCAGAGGAGCUAAAAUCCACUGCGCCCUGCACUCCCCCUCAGUUCUCACUUUGCCCAAACGCCCCUUCCAAACACCCACACUUCCCAAAACUGAUUCCCCUGCUCACCCGCCGGCGCCACCGCUCCCGCCGCACUGGAACUUACUACAAAAAGCGGCUGCCCAAGCGCUCGACGCGAUGGAGAGCGCGUUGGUCUCACGCGAGCGCCAACACCCUCUUCCCAAAACCGCCGACCCUCGCGUCCAAAUUGCCGGAAAUUUUGCUCCGGUGCCGGAGCAGCCCGUACGCCAUAACCUCCCCGUCACCGGCACUAUUCCAGAAUGCAUUAACGGCGUUUAUGUGAGAAACGGCGCCAACCCUUUACACGAGCCACUCGGCGGCCACCACCUCUUUGACGGCGACGGCAUGAUCCACGCCGUCGCCCUCAACGGCGGAAAUUCCGCUAGCUAUGCUUGUCGGUUCACCGAGACACAAAGGCUGGUCCAAGAACGUGACUUGGGCCGGCCCGUUUUCCCGAAAGCCAUCGGGGAACUCCACGGGCAUUUGGGCAUAGCCCGACUAAUGCUAUUUUACGCCCGAGGGUUAUUCGGGUUAGUGGAUCACAGCCAUGGAACC